ACGGCGCUGGUGGAAUCCUAGAGAGGCCGCUGCUGGACUUGGAGAGAACUGAGACUUCCGCCCAGCGGAGCGUCAAGAUGGCCACGGCUGGGGGCGGCUCAGGGCCUCACCCAGGAAGUCGGGGUCUUCUUCGCCUUCUGUCUUUCUCCGUGGUACUGGCAGGUUUGUGUGGAGGAAACUCAGUGGAGAGAAAAAUCUACAUUCCCUUAAAUAAAACAGCUCCCUGUGUCCGUCUGCUUAAUGCCACUCACCAAAUUGGCUGCCAGUCUUCAAUUAAUGGGGACACAGGAGUUAUCCAUGUAGUGGAGAAAGAAGAGGACCUGCAAUGGGUGUUGACAGAUGGCCCCAAUCCCCCUUACAUGGUUCUGCUGGAUGGCAAGCUCUUUAACAGGGAUAUAAUGGAAAAGCUGAAAGGGAGAACCAGCCGAAUUGCUGGUCUCGCAGUGACUUUUUCCAAGCCCAAUUCUACCAUAGGCUUCUCUCCUAGCGUGCAGUGCCCAAAUGAUGGGUUUGGUGUUUACUCCAACUCUUAUGGGCCAGAGUUUGCUCACUGUAAAGAAACACUAUGGAACUCUUUGGGUAAUGGCUUGGCUUAUGAAGACUUUAGUUUCCCCAUUUUUCUUCUUGAGGAUGAAAAUGAAACCAAGAUCAUCAAACAGUGCUAUCAAGAUCACAACCUGAGUGAGAAUGGCUCAGCACCCAACUUCCCAUUGUGUGCCAUGCAGCUCUUCUCACACAUGCACGCAGUUAUCAGCACUGCCACCUGCAUGCGACGAAGCUUCAUCCAGAGCACCUUUAGUAUUAACCCAGAAAUCGUCUGUGACCCCCUGUCAGACUACAACGUAUGGAGCAUGCUUAAGCCUAUAAAUACUUCUGGGACAUUGGAGCCUGAUGACAGGGUUGUGGUUGCAGCAACCCGGUUGGACAGCCGUUCUUUUUUCUGGAACGUAGCCCCAGGGGCUGAAAGUGCUGUUGCCUCCUUCGUUACCCAGUUGGCUGCAGCUGAAGCUUUGCAGAAGGCACCCGAUGCGACCACCCUGCCCCGCAAUGUCAUGUUUGUCUUCUUUCAAGGGGAAACGUUUGAUUACAUUGGCAGCUCUCGAAUGGUGUAUGAUAUGGAGAAGGGCAAAUUUCCCAUGCGGUUAGAAAACAUUGACUAUUUUGUGGAGCUGGGACAGGUAGCCCUAAGAUCUUCAUUAGAUCUCUGGAUGCACACAGAUCCAAUGUCUCAGAAAAACGAGUCUGUGCAGAGCCAGGUUGAGGAUCUCCUGGCCACUCUGGAGAGGAGUAGUGCUGGUGUCCCUGAUGUCAUCCUCAGGAAACUGAAUCAGUCCCAGGCCCUUCCACCAUCUUCUCUACAGCGAUUUCUUCGAGCUCGAAACAUCUCUGGUGUUGUUCUGGCUGAUCAUGCUAGGUCCUUCCAUAACCGCUAUUAUGAGAGCAUUUAUGACACAGCUGAGAACAUUAAUGUGACCUAUCCUGAGAUGCACAGCCCUGAAGAGGACCUGAACUUUGUGACAGACACUGCUAAGGCCCUGGCGAAUGUGGCUACAGUGCUGGGACGUGCACUCUAUGAGCUCGCAGGAGGAACUAACUACAGCCACACAAUUCAGGCUGAUCCCAAGACUGUCACUCGCCUCCUUUAUGGGUUCCUGGUUAGAGCCAACAACUCAUGGUUCCAGUCUAUCCUCAGACAGGACCUAAGGUCCUACCUGGGUGAUGGGCCUCUUCAACAUUACAUUGCCGUCUCCAGCCCCACCAACACCACUUAUGUUGUGCAGUAUGCCUUGGCAAAUUUGACUGGCAAGGUGACCAACCUCACCCGAGAGCAGUGCCAGGAUCCAAGUAAAGUCCCAAAUGAAAACAAGGAUCUGUAUGAGUACUCAUGGGUGCAGGGCCCUUUGAAUUCCAAUGAGACAGAGCGACUCCCACGGUGUGUGCGUUCCACGGCACGACUUGCCAGGGCCUUGUCCCCCGCCUUCGAACUGAGUCAGUGGAGCUCCACUGAAUACUCUACAUGGACUGAAAGCCGCUGGAAAGAUAUCCGUGCUCGGAUAUUCCUAAUUGCCAGCAAAGAGCUUGAGUUUAUCACCCUGAUGGUGGGUUUUGGCAUCCUCAUCUUCUCUCUCAUCGUCACCUACUGCAUCAAUGCCAAAGCUGAAGUCCUUUUCAUUGUUCCCCGAGAGCCUGGAGCUGUGUCUUACUAAGGACUCCAGCUCUCCCUGCCAGCACUGCACUUCACUGGGAACACAUCACUAGGUUGUCACUGGAAUCUCUCUGGGCCUGUCUCAGACAGAGCUUAGCAUAAAGAAGUGGAACUGUCCAGAAGAGACAGGGAGAGGUAAACAAGUUACCUCUUCUCCUCAGCCUCCCCCACCCUAACCCCUGCAAUAUCCUGGGAUUAUGAUAGGAGCUUCCUGCUCCUGUUUAACUCCCAAGUUGCCCCCCCUCGCUUGCCCUUCCACAGGAUGUCUCUUAUCUUUCUUUCUACCCUGCUCUUGGACCUCUGCUCCCACUGUUGUCCCUACUCUUAGCCCCUCUUACCCAACCACCUACUGGAUCAGGAAGAAGAACGUGCGAAUUUAGCAUAAGGCUCGUACUACAUGGAACCUCUGAGGAGGAGCCUUGUGUCUCCUUUGUACUGUCCUUUCUCCGGGUUGUCAGAUGGCACAUUAUGGUGGGCAUGCUGCCUGGUGGGUAUCCCACCAUGCUCAGUUGUACUUUUUUUUAAGGUGUAAUAUCUAUUUUCGUUGGGUUUUUUUCUUGUUCUUUUUUUUUUUUGUAAAAACAUAAAUACGAAGUCUCAUUAAAAUUAUCCCAUAUGA